AUGCUGAGGGCCAGAGGCCUCACCACGGGUCGCCAAUUGUGCUCCUUCCAUCUUUCUCCCUUUCGCCCGUCCCCUCCUCUCAAUAACCCCCCUCUCUCCCAGCAGGGGUCCACGUGCGCCAUGGCGGAGAGCAUGCUGAGGGCCAGUGGCCACACCACGGGGCUCUUCACCUCGCCUCACCUCGUGGACGUCCGAGAGCGCUUCCGCCUCAACGGCCAGGGAGGGUCAGCUCAUACUUCUCUGCUUUCCCUGCCCGACCCUUACCAAUCCUCUCGUUGUUCAUCCCGUAGGGAGAUGGUGCCAGUUGAUACGUUUCUGCAGCACUUCUGGUGGUGCUACGACCGCUGCAAGGAAGCAGCGUCCUCUCCCUCCUCCCCCAUCCCCAUGCCGGCCUACUUCCGCUUCCUCACUCUCCUUGCCCUACCACCCUUCUUCUGCAAUGUCGUGACAUCACAUUCUCUUCCGCUUGGCAUCAUCUCCUCAAACUUGUCCCUCUUUGUCCCCAAAUCCCACCUUUCUUCGUCCCCACCUCCCGCCCUUCUUUGCCCCCAUUUCCCGCCCUUCUUUUCGUUCCCAUCUCCCUCUACACCUUAA